AUGGAUCAACCCGUCCAGCUCCUCUCCUACCAACGACUCAAAUCAAAGAGCACCUUCAUUAUCUCCCUGCAGCAGGGGAACGGCAGCGCCACCCCCCUCUACGAAGUGGCAUGUCUAUCCUCGACACCGAACCUCUCCAUCUGCCGCCUCCAGCCGGCACCCCAGCCGCAGCCACCAUAUGGCUAUCCACCAGCACCACCACAUCCAACCUACUACCAGCACCAGCAACAACAACAACAACAACAACAACAACAACAACAACAACCAUACCCUCUGCCAGGCCCAUACCCACCCCAACAAUACCCACGGUACAACCCCCCACCUACCAAAACAACCAUCGGCACCGUCAGCCUCUCCUCCAUGUCCUCCAAAAUCACCCUCUCCAUCCACCACAUCCCCGAACUCAAAAUGAAGCGUCGCGACUUCCUCGCCUCCGGCCACCAGUUCUCCCACCCCCGCUACGGCACCCUCGAAUGGAAAGAAAGCGAUCUCCUCGAGAAACGCUUCAAGCUCGUCGACUCGAACAAGACCGUGCUGGCCCGGUUCGAUAAGUGGAAAUUGCCGGACCACCAGCGACUGCAGCAGCAAUCGAAUUCGUCCCUCUGGGGCGGUUCCUCCUCCUCGUCGUCGAAGAAGAAGACGAAGAAGAAGGCGUGGGCGUUCCAGGUCUAUGUCAAUGCGGAUCCGGAGCUGUUGGAUUGGAUCGUUGUGAGUGGGUUGGGGGUGGUUGAGUAUCGCAUUAACUCGGAUAAGGAGUUGGAGGAGGAGCUUUUGGGAGACGACGACGAUGAUGAUAUUUGGUCGGCUUUGUUCGGGUAG